UUCCAAGCCAAACUAAAAGCUUUUCUCACCCUUAGUCGUUUUGCGCCUGCGCCUUGGCUCCCCAGAGUAUUGACCAGGAAGCUGCAGACGCUGGCAGUCUCCUAGCAACCAGGUCGCCUGGUAAUGGGCCGAGCGCUCUAGCUGGCAGACACCAGGAAACUUCACGCACUGAGGCAAGUGAGGCAUCUGUGAGCAGUUUCUACAGAGGUUCAUUUUCAAAGCCCUUUGGCAGGUGUGAAAAGAUGGCUCAUGCCCGCAUCUCCAUGUAUAUGCCUCCUGACAUCGACCCCACAAAAGCCGCCAUUGCUUAUGGCUGCCGGGCCUUGAGCAAGCUUAACGAGGAGCUACAGUCAGGGGAUCUCCUGACAAGGCAGAAAGCCCUAGUGGCUCUGUGUGACCUCAUGCACGAUCCUGAGUAUGUCUACGAGGCCAUCAAUAUAGGCUGCCUGGAGAGCCUGAAGACCCUGCUGCGGGAUGAUGAUAACCUGGUACGGAUAAAGACCACGGAGGUUCUAUACAUCAUGGCCACCCAUUACGUAGGCAGAGUUGGCUUCUUAAAGCAUGACAUCAUCCAAGCCCUGUCACUCCUGCUGAGCGAUCACCAGACCCUCUGCCGGGAGAACCUACACCAGGCAUACAAGCAUCUGGCACAGUUGCCUAAAGGGGCCCAGGGUAUCGUCCAGAGUGGCCUGAUCCCCUCGCUGGUACGGAAGCUGCAGAAGGAGGAGGACCAUAUUCAGGAGAUCAUCUUGGACACUCUGGCGCUGUGCCUUCAGGAGGACGCCACCGAGGCCCUAGAGAGCCAAGCCGUGCCCUGUUUUAAGGAGAAGCUCCUUAGCAAAAACUCCGAAAUCCGCAGCAAAGCCGCCCGGGCGCUCAUUGCCAUCAGCAUCCCGUUGGAUGGCAAGAAUCAGGUGUGGAAGAAUGAUGUCAUUCCCAUCCUGGUGACUCUGUUGUCAGACACAGAUGAGGAGGUGAAGGCGAAUGCCGCCGGAGCUCUGAUGCACGCAACAGUGACCACUGAAGGAAAAUAUGCAGCUCUGGAUGCCAAUGCUAUCGAACCACUCCUGGAGUUGCUUUGCACCAACUCCAAGACCAAGGUGUGUCUGAAUGCCACAAAAGCCCUCACCAUGCUGGCUGAAGCCCCUGAGGGCCGUAAGUUAUUGCUGUCCCAUGUUCCCACCUUCCGUUACCUCCUGGCGCAUAAAAACGAGGCCAUACAGCGAGCAGCAGAAGUAGCCAUCAAAGUGAUUGAGUGGAAGCCAUGACUUCCGUUUCAGCCAGCCCCCGUGGGCUAUGUCUAGGCCUGAAUAAAUGAGUGGAAUCUCCUCA